CCCACUAAGCUAUAUGACUUGUAUAAAUACCUAUCUAUCCCAAUUCAUUUUCCUCAAGCCAUCAAAAACACCAAACAACACACAUUCUUACAUAUCAAAUUACAAAAAGAAAAAUCCAUUAUGGCUUCAAUGCAUUGCUACAAAGAAGAAGGCAAAGAGUUCGAUUACUAUAACUAUGGUAACCAAAAACCAACUACUUACUCGAACUCUGAAUAUGAAAAAUCUUACUAUGAGAAAGAGAGUUGCUACGAAACCAAGCCUGGAAUGAUGAUGGGCUACGGCGCUAGCCAUGGCCAUCAACAUGGUAGCAACCCAUGUGGGCCUAUGAUGGGCCAUGGAAAGUUGGGCUAUGGUACGGGCCAUAACACUCAUGGUUCGGGCUAUGGUUUGGGCCACAACACUCACGGUUCGGGCCACAACAGUACCUACUCUCAUGAAUAUGGUAAUCACCACAUGCACAAGCCUGGGUCCAAUGGGCUGGGCUUGGGUUUGGGCCAAGGAACGGGCACACCUUUGGGCCAUGUUAUGGGCUUUGGAAAGACACAUGGGGGACAUGGUGGCUAUGGAAUGGGCUCUUCGGGUUGCACUACUUACAAGAAACAACACCGUAGGAGGAAGGCCAUGGGUGGUUACGGUAGCGGCAGUGACUGCAGCGACAGCAGUGAUGACGAGCGUCACUGCUAAAUUACUACAGGGUUUCAUGUGUAGCAGCUUGGCUUAUGAGAAGGAAGAGAUAGAAUUAUAUUUCCCAGUACUAUAAGGGAAUAUUUAUGACAAUAAAAAUAAGAAGCAAAUCAGCUAUGGCGAACUAUUGAUUACUCAAGUUAAUUAUGAAACCUUGGGAUGUGUGUGUCUGUGUUGGUGUAUUACAUAUAUAUAUAUGCCAAUAUUAAUGUAACUGCUUAUUACCCUUGGCAAUAAAACUACGUUAUUCGUGUUAUUGGA